AUGCUAGGCUUUCACUCAAUUGCGCCUGUUCAUCUCACCCAGGCCACCGAGAAGAGGCCACCACCAAAGCCGAAGCCGCACCCGCCCGUGGCCAUGACAGACACUCACAUCGCUUCGCGCAGCGCUGUCCCGGGAGCUGUCGACGGCAAUGGACCGGCUCCCAUGAAGGACCUCAAGACGGAGCGCGAGCCGGGGGCCGUGGUACCAGAAGGACAACGGGACUCUGGUAUCGACUUGUCACACGACGAAACCACUCAGGAUGCUGCAAAACAUGAGAACCUGCCUGCAAGCACGUUGAAUCCUCCUGAACAGGUAUCACAUGUGAUGACGGACGCCCAGGAGGACCAUCAUGAGGCUUCGCAGCCAGUAAUUUCGAGCCAGGAAGUGGCAGCUGCAGCCGACGACGAGACAGAGGCCGGUCCAUCGCGUGCUCAGGCCUCAGCCAACAAUUCCCCGCCUGGAGAUAACUCAGCCAUCAGGCCAGUACCUCAUCGCGGAGAAAGCACGAUCAACGCAGUGGGCUAUCGUCGCGACACCGAGACUGUGAUCGCAUUUCUCGUUCCUCUCCCCAAGCCCACCAUCCAGGGCUCAACUCUAGACAUACCCGCGAAAUACUUCCUCUACGCGCCACCCCCGCCGCACCUGGUCAAGCCAAAAAGAGGAAAGGAGCCUUAUGCUAGGAGAGCCCACCGAGUCUGGCAACAGAACGUUCGCAAGGCCAAGGUCAACGCUCACAACGGCAGGCGCGUCUCGCUGAGCGCUCUGCACAGCGCGACAAUCCGAGGGUGCAUCUGGGCUUCGGAGAAGCGAAAAGGCGACGACGACGGCGCAGUCUUCCUUGGCCGCAUCCGGCCCGAGACCGUGGCGCAUUUGGUCAUGAUACACCCGCGGGCGCUGUCCGCGGAUCAGACGCCCGAAGAGAUCCUCAAGACGUUCCGGGCGCAGAUCACGGCGAACAAGGCGAGUUCGAUUGUGAAGAUCAUCAACAGGAAGAUGGGCCCGGAGCCCAAGACGCUGCAGAUCAGCCCAAAAGCGAUCAUUGAUGGCACCCGUGGCCCACGGAGAAGUGAGAGCUCGGAGGAGGAGGAGGAGGUCGUGGUAGGCGUGACAGAGAAUGAGCAGCCACAAGCGAGCCGAAGGGAUAGGAUCAGAGCGUCAUUUGAUUCCGCCAAAGUGCGAAAUUCAGUGGCCACCAUCAAAAGUCAGAUCAACCAGCGAGGACGCAAGAGGCAUAGGGAUGGUAGCCCAAGCGCAGCCAGCCCGGACGCAGCUGAGACUGCCGAGCCCAGCACCGAAUUCACAGAGGGCGAGCUCGAACAUUACUCCGAAGAAGAGGUCCCUGGUGGCGCAGAGCUUGUCAACGCAGAAGGCGAGCCUUUCACAGGCCACCAGCUGGGAGAGAUCCCAGAGGAAGGUUUCCUCGAUCACUUCGAGGAGGAGACAGUCCAAGAGACUCCGGAAGCAGCGCCGGGCAUCGCCGAUCAGACCGGCGGAGGACUAUUUGCUGGCAGCACCGGCGGAGCUCACGGCGCUAGACACGACUCGCAAGGCGCCGGCAAUGCUAAGAAAGGCUCACGGUUCCAGUUGACAUUCUACCCUUCGCCGGCGAUGGACAUCAUGUCCCGGUAUGUACAGGAGAGUUGCCACGUGGCAAACGGACACGCCUUCCCAAGCCCGACAGCAGCGCCUACUGCGGCCGGAGUCCUGGCGAGCAUCGGGUGGGAGCCGGAGAAGAGGUCGUUCGCUGACGCAGGCGAGCAACUGGAAGAUGAAAAUUGGCAAGCCCGUGAGAUCGAGGAGGACCUUGCGGCCAUCACCGCAAAGGCAGCCAGGGCCUGGGAGAAGCAGUGUCGCAAGCACGUCAGGCAGUACAAGGGAGGGCGUUUGGGCGGGGACAAGAAACCUGGCAGGUUCGCCAUCCUCGUGGCCCGAGUCCAACCCCGGAAGCCAGGCAAGGGCAAGACGAAGCAAGGCCAGCCUGAGGAGGAGCCAUCAGAGAAGAAGGGCAAGGCCGCGGCACUCAGGCAGCGCUUUGCUGCGGCCAAGGAGAAGCGCAGCAAGAAGAAGCAGACCGAGGAGACCACCGACCCAGCUGAGAAGCAGAGCAAGAAAGAGAAGGCACAGAAGGCUGCCGGGGUCAUUUUCUUCCCAGUCAUACUCAUCCUAGGCAUCCCCAUACUGAUCGGCAAGGGCAUCGCAAGCGGCUUCAAGAAGAUCAGAGACCGCAAGACCAAGACGGACGGUGAUGCCGAGGCCACGGAGCAGCAGCAACAGCAGGCGAAGACGGGUAGGCGCGUCGCUAUGAAACAUCGUCUGAGUGAGCGGAGCGGGAGCGUGAAACAAGGCCUGAGCACCCGAGGCGACGCUAUCAAGAAACGUCUAGCAGAGCGCAAAGCAAAGAAAGCAGACGCUGACGGCGCAGCAACCAUGGCCACUUCUCCGGACGGCCAAGCGGAUGCCGCAGGCCCGAGUGUUACUGGAAACACGACUACGCAGACGCGUAAGACAAAGAAACAGCGUCUCCAUGGUCUCCUAGUUGCUGGCCCUCUAGCGGUCAAGCAAAGACUCGAGAAGAGGAGACAGGGCAAAGACAAACGGACAACGACGACCGCAGAAGACGCCACGCCCAAGGAGAAGAAGGCCAGCAAGUUCGCAGGGGCGAAGGAGCGGGUCAAGGCCCUCCGCACCAAGGUCAACAAGGAAGCCAGGUUUGCCAAGAUCAAGGCGCGCCUCAGGGUGCUUCAGGAGCGGAGAAAGACCAGGAAGAACGUAAAGAAGAAUGCCACCGACAACGACAACGACACAGCGCCAGUGGUCGAUGUAGAUGACAGCAACAACACGAGCAGCGUCAAGAAGCACGGUGCCAUAGCGGGCCUUGUCGCCGGCUGCGUGGCACUGCCAGCCGCCAAGGUCAAGCAGGCGCGCGACAAGCGCCGCAAGGGCAAGGCCGCCGACGGCGUGGAAGGCGCGGCUGCUGCGGCGCGGGAAGAGCACGCCACGGCCAACAACUCGUCUGUUGCUCCCGCCGCCACUGGUACUGUCGCCGAGGAGCGGGAGUCUGUAUCGUCAGCGUCACAGCCGAGCGGAGUUCGGCUGGUGCCCUCGGAGCCCGAGAUGCUGGAGCCUGCCGUGGACCAGUUCAGCCCGCCCGAGAACGGGCAGAGCGAGGUCCCCGUCCAGCAAGCAGCGCGAACUGAGCCCGAAUCACGGCCGGGGAGCAUUGAUGGCGACGUUGAUGGGGCUGCUGCAGCUGCUGUUCCUGGGAAUGGCGACGACCACGCUGAGAGGCCCGCGGCGGCAGUAAGAUUCAAGUCCAUCCGGGAUGGGCUCGGCAACGUGAAGGGGGGCAUCGGGAGUGGGAUCACGAACUUGAAAGCUAGAAGACGGGGAACUGAUCAGAGCGAGGUACCCGCCGCCGAGGAGGCGCACAGACCGCAGGCAGAGACGAUGGACAGCGCUGAGACCCACGUCGAAGCCGAUCCUUCCACUGUUGAGCCGAUCCCGCAGUCCACGACUGCCCAGCAGGACCCGGCUGCCUCCGGCGGAAGGUUCAAGUCCAUCAAAGGCGGGAUCGGCAGCGGCAUCGAGGGCCUCAAAGCAAGGAGACAGCGCGAGAAGAAGGAGGUGCCGCCUCAGGAGGAAGGGACAGCAGCAACAGCAGCAGCAGCUGAGCACGAGAAGCGGACUGCCGCCGCCGACAAGGACACUGCGUCGUCCGGCGGGAGGCUGAAGGCGCUCAAGGACGGCAUCGGGAGCCGGAGAGCCAAGCCAGGCGAGAAUGGCGCGGACGCACCCGUCAAGACCGAGAAGAGCAAGCAGCACAAGCAACAAGCACACAAGGAGUGGAAUUCGGGGCUCGUGGAUCGGAUGAAGUGGUUUCUGUACGCGGCUUGA